GAAGAAUGUUUUGGUGACAAUCAUCCAUUAUUAGCUCUUACACAAACCCCAAGGUUCCCUUUCUCCGGCGUAUCCACCGUUUGCAUAUUCUUGCCUUUUCCUUUAUUGCGUGACCUUUUUUCAUCAUAUCAAAACGACCCCCACCACCACCAUGUCCACCACUAUUGAGUAAUGACUAAACCCUCAUUUUAUAACCUAAACGGAAACUUAUUUCGUUACAGAGUUUCAAUUCAUUCAUCUUCAUUCUCUCAUAGUUAAUGCACAUUCUUCUGGAUCCUUAUUCGUCAACACCCAUUCACCCAACACAUUUUGCCUUUCUAAAUGGUUCCAGAAACAUUGCUUGGAUUUCACUGUUUUCUGGAGUAAUUUGUUGAUUUAGCGAAGUGGGUUUGUUUUUUUUCCUCCUUUUCGAGCUAAUUUUUGAAGGAAACACGCAAUCUUCUGUUCAAAUACUUCAAAAGUUCGUACUUUUUUGAGUAAUUUUAGGUACAUUUGAAGAAUGGGGAUAGCGAACUCAAAAGCAGAUGGCUGUGAAGCUUUGCGUUUAUGCAAAGAACGAAAGAAAUUCAUCAAAAAAGCAAUCGAUUCAAGGUAUGAUUUUGCAGUUGCUCAUCUUGCUUACGUUCAGUCCCUUCGAAGCAUUGGCAUUGCCCUACGUCGAUUUGCAGAGGCCGAAGUGUUGUUAGAUGCAUCUCCAGCCACAGAAAUCGAAAACCCCCAAACUCAUUCCUCAAACCCGUCACCUUCUCCGCCACACCUCGGUGGUGUCGACGCCGGUGCUUCAGAUGGCAGUCCUGCUCCCCAUCAACCUCCUGUUUCAAGUUUAAGUUACAUGAGGUCCGGUGGGACUAACGCAGUCACUGUUAGUCUUAAUCCAUCGAAAAUUGAUAUCAGCACUAGGGUUUAUGUAGACGAUGUUGAUUCCAUGUCCUUCACAAUGCCGCCACCACCACCACCACCUCCGCCGCCUGAAUCAGCCUCCUCUUGGGAUUACUUUGAUCCUACCGACAAUCAUGAAAGCUUCAGCUUCGUGGGCCACGAUGGAUUUCAUGUAAAUUUCAAUAAUAUGAGUGUGCAGAAACAGUUCCCGAUUAACGAUUCCAUUACAAAGGAAGGAUCUAUAACACCUCCCGAAUCAUUAAAAACGGAUCAUAAUGGGCAUGAUGAUGGUAUUCCGAUUGCUCCCAUUUCACCAACAACAGUAGAAUCUGACACCGGAAAUGAUGCAGUUUCUGGAGCUUUGAUCUGUAGAACUUCUCAAACAGAAUCGAAGGAUGAUAGUUGUUUAGGUGAGGGAGAAAGCGAGGAUCCUUCUGAGUUUAUCACACAUAGGGCUAAAGAUUUUCUUUCAAGCAUUAAAGAAAUUGAGAGUCGAUUCUUUCUAGCAUCGGAAUCCGGGAAAGAAGUUUCAAGAAUGCUUGAAGUAAAUAAAAUCCAACUUGGCUAUUUCGAGGCUAAAGGUAGUUCAACUGCAUCAACAUUGUUGUGUGGGAAUUGUUGUAAAGUAAAACCCGCACAUGUUUCACAUGAAACUCCACAUGGGCCAAGAAUCAUUACAUGGAAUCGAUCGAUGUCUUCACAUUCAUCAUCAUCAAGAAAUCCUUUAGCUGCAGCAUCAAAAGAUGAUAAUGAUGAUAGUGGAAGCGAUUUCAUAGAAGAGUUUUGUAUGAUUGCAGGAAGUCACUCUUCAACUCUUGAUAGACUCUAUGCAUGGGAAAGAAAGCUCUAUGAUGAAGUGAAGGCGAGUGAAUCUAUAAGGAAGGAGUAUGACCGAAAGUGUGAUCGGCUUAGACACCAAUUUGCAAAAGAUCUCAAGAGUCACGUGAUCGAUAAAACUCGUGCUUUGGUUAAAGAUUUGCAUUCAAGAAUUAUCGUUGCAUUGCACACCGUUGAUUCCAUAUCAAAACGAAUCGAGAAAAUGAGAGAUGAAGAGCUUCAACCACAACUCUUGGAACUCAUUCAAGGAUUAAAUCGUAUGUGGAAGGCAAUGCUCGAGAGCCAUCACACACAAUACAUAACCAUCCAAUUAGCCUACCAUUUAAAAAAUUCAAAAAUCAAAAAUCAUCAACAAGAAUCAAAACUACAAAUUAUAUCCGAUCUUCAACACGAGAUUGAAUGUUUCGGUUUAAGUUUUACCAACAUGGUCAACACUCAAACCUCAUACGUAGAAUCAAUCAACAACUGGCUCCAAAAUUGCAUCAUACUACCAAAGGAACGUGUAAAGGGUAGACGACCAUUUUCGCCUCGAAGAGCCUUAGGCCCUCCGAUUUUCGUUAUUUGUCGAGAUUGGUCCUCCGGGAUUCAGACCUUGCCAGCUCAGCAACUGAGUGAUGCCAUUAAAGGGUUUUUGACGAAUCUUCAUCAGGAUUCGGUGGUGGAGGAGGCUGACCGGAAACCGGAGGAGGGAGAGGAGGUUAAUGAUGACAUGGCGGCUGUGAAUUUAGGAACGAUGCAUUUGAGUUUGACCAAAGUUCUUGAUGGGUUGACCAAGUUUUCGGAGGCUUCGUUGAAGAUGUAUGAAGAUAUUAAAGAGAAAAGUGAGAAGGCUCAAAGUGUGUAUUUGAAUUAUAGGCCACCACCUAGGGCUUAUAGUAUUUGAAAUUUGUCGCAUUUUGAAAUAUUUCAUGUAGAAAUUGAGAAGUGUUGUUCCUU